CAAUGAUUUUCAGUAGCAACUGUUGCUUGUUGCCGUACAGAUCGUUAAAACAACCGAAAUAUUCAGCAUUCCGGCUGUAAUUGUAAAUACCGGUGUUAGUAAUAAAAAUAAAUAAAAACAAUUGUUAAAAUUACAUUUAAAGCGAGCAAAAAUAAUCGAAAAAUCCAACAAAAAAUAAAAAAUUGAAAACGAAAGUACUUUGUACGUUGACACCCUCUUGUUUGGCACAGCAUCCGAUAAACAAAUUGAAUUAUUUAAUUUAUAUGAUCAUUUAGAGAUUUUGAUACAUUUACUACGAAUACAAACAUACAUAAGUAAAGAAUAUACAUACUUACGUCUAUUUGUUUUUGUUUAUGUAUCUGCAAGAUACCUAAUGCAUAUUUGAUCAAAAAUAGAACAAUAGAGUUCAAAAAACGUUUGUCAAGAUCAACAGAAGCAGCAGCAGCAGCAGUAUUUUCCACAACAACAAAGCCAAAAUGUUGAUCAAAACAAUACAACUUUUGAAGAAUGGUUCAAAAUUAUCAUCAAUUGGCUUCAAAUAUAAUUUUCGUUUAGCCUACCGUUCCUUUGGCUCUUAUCAAUAUGGCAAUCCAAAUCAACUUACACCGGCCGUCAAAUCCUAUGUGGAUGAAUGUAUUGAUCUUUGUCGACCCGAUCAUGUACAUAUUUGCGAUGGUACCAAAGAUGAAAGUUCUUUACUUAAACAACUAAUGGUUAAACAGGGCACUAUAGUUCCUCUUACAAAGUACGAAAACUGUUGGUUGGCUCGAACAAAUCCAGCAGAUGUGGCCCGUGUAGAAUCACGCACCUUUAUUUGCACACAUCAGAAAGAGCAAACAGUGCCGGUGACAGAAGAAGGCACACCUGGUGCCUUGGGCAAUUGGAUUUCUCCCGAGGAUAUGCAGAAAGCUAUAGAAAAGCGUUUUCCAUAUUGUAUGAAAGGUCGCACUAUGUAUGUUAUACCGUUCUCUAUGGGUCCGGUUGGUUCACCUCUCUCAAAAAUUGGCAUUGAAAUUACCGAUUCUCCUUAUGUAGUAGAAUCCAUGAAAAUAAUGACUCGUGCUGGAACGAAAAUUUUAGAUGAACUUCAUAAGGGCAAAGACGAAUUUGUUAAGUGUUUGCACUCUGUGGGUACUCCCAAGGAUGGUGUUAUUCAAGUACCUUCUUGGCCUUGUGAUCCUGAAAGAACUAUUAUUUUGCACAAGCCGGACAACAAUGAAAUUGUUUCAUAUGGUUCAGGCUAUGGCGGUAAUUCGCUGUUGGGUAAGAAAUGUUUUGCAUUGCGCAUAGGUAGCACUAUUGCUAAACGUGAAGGUUGGUUGGCGGAGCACAUGUUAAUAUUGGGCAUAACAAAUUCUCAGGGUAGGAAAAUUUAUAUAGCUGCCGCCUUUCCCUCAGCUUGUGGUAAGACAAAUUUGGCCAUGAUGACACCCACAUUACCAGGCUAUAAAGUUGAAUGUGUCGGUGAUGAUAUUGCCUGGAUGAAAUUCGAUAGUAAUGGCGUUUUAAGAGCUAUAAAUCCCGAAAAUGGUUUCUUUGGUGUGGCACCUGGUACAUCCAUGUCUACUAAUCCUAUAGCUAUGAAAACUAUAUUUAAAAAUUCAGUCUUUACAAAUGUGGCUUCAACUUCAGAUGGUGGUGUUUACUGGGAAGGUAUGGAGUCGUCUAAUAUUAAUGGAGUAACAGUUACAGAUUGGUUGGGUAAACUGUGGUCUAAAGAAUCUGGCAAGAUGGCGGCUCAUCCCAACUCGCGUUUUUGUACACCUGCCCAACAAUGUCCCAUUAUUGAUCCCGCCUGGGAAGAUCCAGCUGGUGUGCCAAUAAGUGCUAUUUUAUUUGGUGGACGCCGUCCUGCUGGUGUACCUCUAGUCUAUGAGGCUCGCAACUGGAAACAUGGUGUCUUUAUGGGUGCUUCAAUGCGUAGUGAAGCAACAGCUGCUGCCGAACAUAAAGGCAAAGAAAUAAUGCAUGAUCCUUUCGCUAUGCGUCCCUUCUUCGGUUACAAUUUUGGUGAUUAUCUACAACAUUGGCUUAGUAUGGAGUCACGUGGUAAUGUGCCCAAAAUUUUCCACGUCAAUUGGUUCCGCAAAGGUAACGAUGGCAAAUUCCUUUGGCCCGGCUUUGGCGACAAUUCCCGUGUACUUGAUUGGAUUUUCCGUCGUGUUGAUGGCGAAAACUGUUAUAAGGAUUCACCUAUUGGUCUAUUGCCCGCCGAAAAUUCAAUAAAUAUCGAUGGCUUAGCUGGAAAAGUAGAUUUGCAACAACUUUUCCAUUUACCUAAAGAUUUCUGGCAACAAGAGGUGGCCGAUAUCGAGAAAUACUUUAAAGCUCAAGUUGGUCCCUAUUUGCCUCAGGACAUCAACGACGAGUUGCAGGGUUUAAAAGAGCGAGUUAAGAAUUUAUAAAUUUGCACCUAGAAAGAGUGAAAAAUUUUGAAUUUUAAAUAUAUAUUUUAGACUGAAAUCGAGUGAUUUUCGAAAGUGUUUUUGAAAAAUGUAAAUAACGACAAUUUUAUAUCUUUGUAAAAAAAUUAAUGUAAGCGAAAUAUUGAUAAUGUUUCUUUUUGUAAUUAUAAAAACGAAUAAAGAAAAACUGUUAAAAAUA